CAUCGACUUCUCCAGUUCAUUUCUCGACGGAGAUUCGAAGGUUCAGCAGCACUUCUACAUAGCUGCUUGCUUUCUCCUGGACUACUUGCAAGUAGGGAUAUAUUUUUUGAAUACUGGAAUUAUGCAGUCUGUUUUAGGAGUACGGAAAAGCUGAAAGGUCCCCUGUGACUCCAGCCAGCCUCCCAUUCUGCUGCCACUGCCUUUGAAGUAGGUGUGAAGGAACUGUUGCCCGGAGACUGUCCCUACCACCUCCCUCUCCAAUCUGUCAUCCCCUCCCACCAAGGGACCAGCCAACAUGGGUAACCAGCUCACAGAGAUCGCCCCCAACACCCCCUUUCUCCCCAGCUUUCAGUCCCUACACGUGGUCAUCAUCGGCCUGGACUCUGCGGGGAAGACGUCUCUCCUCUACCGGCUGAAGCUGCGAGAGUUUGUGGAGAGCAUCCCCACCAAAGGCUUUAACACAGAGAGGAUCAAGGUGGCCGUUGGGAGUUCGCGGGCCACCACCACCUUCCAGGUGUGGGACGUGGGGGGCCAGGAGAAGCUCCGGCCCCUGUGGAAGUCGUACACGCGGCGCACGGACGGCCUGGUGUUUGUGGUGGACGCCGCCGAGACAGAGCGCAUGGAGGAGGCCAAGGUAGAGCUCCAUCGGAUCACCCGCUCGGCAGAGAACCAGGGGAUUCCUGUCCUGGUGCUGGCCAACAAGCAGGAUCUGACUGGGGCCGUGUCCGCCCUGGAGGUGGAGAAGACCCUGGGCCUCCACGAGCUCAGCUCCUCCACGCUGCACCACACCCAGGGCUGCAGCGCUCUGGACGGACAGGGCCUCCAGCCUGCCCUGGAGAAACUCUACGAGAUGAUCCUCAAGAGGAAGAAGAUGCUGCGGCACAGCAAGAAGAAGAGAUGAGGGGGGCGAAGUCUGUUCGUGGUGGACUUUGGGUCUGUGAGAUUCCGCUAUGAAGGUGCUUUACCAUGGACUUAAUUGGCAUUCCUUGGGAAUUUUGUGGGAGUUCUAGACCCCAAAGGACAGGAGUGGGAUGGCGGAUGCUGAACACUGAGCCUUGACUGCCCCUUGAAAGAAGUCACUUGUAUUGAAUAACAUUGCCAUCUCCCUUUAACCGUCACAGUUAUUGGCCUAUCCUAAGCAUCCUAAGGGAUUUGUCUCAUAGUUUAACACCUUUUAUAGUUCACUUUGUUGCAUGGAGGUUAACUGCUUGGGACACAACUACUUUUGUAGAUCAAAAGAGGACUACGGUUCGUCUCACUGUUGGGGUGGUGUAGGACUUGAAUGGAUCCCCACAGUGACAUCACUGGCUGAAAGCAGCUAGUUCUGGCCAUGCAAGUUUUACACACCGUUACUCACUUGUCAUGGUAGAUGUGGACUUAGCCUAAAUGUUAUCUGAGGUAGAUGAAGAAGUUAACAGUUUUUACAUUAUGUACAUAUUUUUUUGUAAUACUUAUACAAAUGAAUAAAUUAUUGAAGACUU